AUGACAGCUGGAACUGUUGUCAUAACCGGAGGAAUUCUCGCAACGGUGAUACUUUUGUGUAUCAUAGCAGUGCUCUGUUACUGUAGGCUCCAGUAUUACUGCUGUAAGAGGAAUGAGUCAGAAGGAGACACGGGCUCUGGCUCUCAGCCACAGUUCGCCUGCAAUGCCUGCAGCGCUCCGGGGGUGGACGGGGCGGCCGUCACCCCUCUCUCCCUGUCUCCCGACCCCGCCCCUCCCCGCAGCUACUGCCCCACCUGCUCCCCGUACAGCUCCCCCUUCUACAUCCGCACCACGGACGAGAUGCGCAACGGCGGCGAGCGCAUCACCUACAUGCCCACGCACUACGAGAACCCGUCGCUCUCUCUCACCCUCUCCUCAAUGCACGGCGCCCCGCUGAGCACCCGCAACCCGCCGGACUUCUACACCAACACGCGGGCCAUCAGCACCGAGGUCUGAUCCGCGGACACUUGAGAACCCCCCGUGGUCCUGGUUGCAGAGUUCCUGUCCCUCUCUGUUGUCUGUACCAGUUUAGAGUAGAUGGUGACAGAGGGUUCCGUCAACCCUGAAGACUGUCCCUUGGGGCACCUGAGGUGCCAGCCUCAGACUGCCCCUCCUCUCUCUGCCUCCUGUUGGAUCCCAAUAAACACAUGACCUUUUGAAAAUACAAUAUUAAGGAUAAUGUAUGAGGGCUACUUAUAUUGUUCUUUUAC